UCCCCCAGUUUGUGUUCGUAGCAGCAUUUGGGAUGUGUUGUGAAACGCGUACCUAGUGCGCAGUGCUACGGGAACUGGCAUUAUUUAAGCUUACAGCAAACGCACACACGAUGGGAAAAGAUUUGAACAGCACGCAAAACCUGGUGCACCCGGACUGGGAAAUAUUGGACCCAACGCCCGACAUCUACUCGCUCUUCCCACUGUUUAAUCAGAAAUUCUUCCAAUCCCGAUUGUCCUGUGUUCAGCUGGAAUGGAGCAAGAAAAUGUACAACUGUGCCGGGAUCUGUUACCAACGGUCGAACCGUUUGGGGAAAAGCUGUAUCAUAAGAUUGAGUGAACCGCUGCUCAAGUUACGCCCGCGUAAAGAUCUAAUACAAACGCUGCUACACGAAAUGAUCCAUGCGUACUGUUUCGUGCUUGGCAUCCGGGAAGGGAACGGUGGACAUGGACCAACGUUUAAGAAAAUAAUGAACGGCAUCAAUAAAAUAGCGGGCACCAACAUUACGGUUUACCACACGUUUCACGACGAAGUUGACCUGUAUAAAACGCACUGGUGGAAGUGUAAUGGUCCAUGCCAGCACAAGCAUCCGUUCUAUGGGCUGGUAAAACGUACCACCAAUCGCAAACCGGGUUCAUACGACUUUUGGUGGAACGAACACAAACUGACCUGUGGCGGUGAGUUCAUCAAAAUACGGGAGCCAUCGCCGAAGCGUAAGCGUGCCAACAAAGAGAAUGCUGUGGGUUCAUCGCUAACACCUAGCCAGGGUCGUUCGUAUGAUCCAAAACAGAAAGCUACUCCACCCAGUCAAAAAAACGUUAUAUCCAACUAUUUCAACAACUCUACCUCAACGAGCAUUUCACCGAAAAAGCCAACAUACACUCCCGGAGCAAAGCCAAACUUUGGUGGUGGCACGUUGGUAUUAAGAAAACCCCCCACAGCACAGACGCGUCCGGUAAUACCCAAAGUUGAGCAUCCACCCGGAACGUCCCGGAAGGUGGGUAACGGAACCAUAAGAACCCCGCCGGAAGGUAAUUUGCGCAACGUAAAACAGUUUAAAGAUUUGACAUCCGAUGAGGAUGAACCACCGAAACGACCGGCGCCUCCUAUUCCCGUGUUUACGGGCACUGGAUUCGUGCUCGGUUCGGCUGAUAGUUCGGGUGAAAGAAGAAGUCGACUGUUGGACAAAUUUCCGGUACCUACAAGCAGCAGUGGCAGCAGUGGCAGCGGUGGCGGCAGCAGCAGCAGAACUAAGCCUACUUCAUCGAAAAAGCCGCGCAUAGAAGUGAAACCCGAACCAAGCAGUAGCACAAGUAACACGAUGGAAUCCAUCUUGUUGUCUGACGAUUCCGACGACAUAUUCGAUGCGAUUGAUUUAACCGCGUUGGACAACAUAAAGAAGGAACGCACCGAAUCGAUCCGCCGCGAAAUAGUGGAUUCGUUCGAAAACGAUGAGAUGGAUGAAAUUGUUCUCAUCGACAACGAGUACGAUGAUGAGCUGGCGGACGAAGAGGCACUCUCCAUGAUCGAUGACACGUUGCUCGAUCGGUCGGUGAUGGACGAGCUGUUCAAUGAGAGUGACGAGCUGAUUGAAGAUUUUAAUCGUACCAAUGCAAAAAUUAAGAUUGAAAACCCGGACGACGAAAUUGUGUCCUGUCCCAUGUGUUUGGCAAAAAUGACUCGUGGCAGGAUAGGCGAUCAUCUUAACCAAUGCUACUCACUGAUCUCCGGCGAACCAAACCCCUCCACCCGACAGCCAUCGCAAGUCCCCAGAGCACGGAACACAAAGCCCAGCGACACAAACCAACCGUCCACUUCGAAGGCCACCACCCCGGCCAGAACUGCAUCAGCGUCGACAACAGCAAAGAGCAAGAAAAAAUCGCGACCGAGCGAUUUGAUCACGGCUCAGGAGCAACUGCUACGAGAAUGCGGCUACACCGAGCAGGACAUAGCGAAUGUGCUGGAAGACGCGAGCGUGGAAGAUAUGCCGGCACCUAGUAUGAACGCACUGCGGGAGCAAGUGUUGCGUGACUGUGGCUACACGGAUGCUGACAUAAGGCGUGUGCUUGAUGAUGGGUCGCCUGUAGAGUCGGCGAGCAACGAGGUGGAAUUUGUUUCGGAGAUAGAAAGCUGUGAAUGCCCAAUCUGUGGUCGAUCGGUUACGCUGAACUUGAUCAACCAACAUCUGGACCAGUGUCUUAUCAAAUAAUGCUCCUUUCUGUAUAUUUGAUAAUAUAAAAUAAGUGUUUUCCAUUUUUCGUAAGCAGCUGAUGCGGGUCAUUUAUUAAAAAAAAAUUAUAAAAUUUCAAAUUAAUUUACUUUACUCACGUUAAAAAUGUAGACGAUGGAAAAGAGACCGACGAUGGAUAUAAAAUUAGAACAGAUAA